GGCUAGUCUAUACAUAAGCAUAAAGGACUCACAAAAAACAUGUGACAGAUAGAUAAAUAAGAUGCAACAUGUCUCACCAGAGAAAGGUGAGCCCACAAGACAAAGAGGAACCUAGACGAGAACAGUGCAGAAGCAACAUGGCGAAGAGCCCCGACUUUUUGCAACAAUCCUUCGUCAAGAAGACAAAAGAGAACGACUUACAAGAUAUAGGAGAAGACAAUUUGAGUGCCUUGGAGCUCUAUCUACAUGACUUGGGUCACGAAAGAAGGCCAGAGAGUAGAAAGAAUGUUAUAUUCGACAGUCUAAGCAAUAAUAUCCAACCUUCCACAAGUUACACCCCUAAAAAUGAUGGUCGCAUGAAGCAGGAGAAAGAACAAAAUCAUCCUAGGACAAAAAAUCCUUUCAAAGAUGCUGUUCAUCUUUCAUGAUCGGCAUAGUCAUUGCCGUAUCUCUUGCAUCUCUGUUCAUCAAUGUGCUGAUGAUCAAAGGAACUAUUGUCCCGAGUGGAUGCCAGAGAAUUGAGAAUAGAAAAGCAGAAAAGAUGCAAAGUAAUUCUCCACUCCUGCGAACAGUACAAGAGAUAAAGAGCAAUGUAACGGAACUUUGAACCUUGAUGAAGACAAAACCUGUGGAGAAUAACAGCAUCUCAUCAUUGCUCACAACAGCAUUGGCUGCAAUCAAACGAAUGGAAAAAAAAGUGAAGCUGCUAGAACGAAAAAUGGACGAACAAACAUUGACGAUAGUUAAACUACAAACACAGAUGGACAGCAGCAAUGGUACAACAUCCGGAGUAGUAGGACCACCAGGUCCCAGGGGCCCAGCGGGACCUCGUGGACUAACUGGACCUGCAGGUCCCCCAGGUAGAGAUGGGACACAGGGACCUGCAGGAGCAAGAGGAAUCCAAGGCCCUAAAGGUCAUCCAGGUUAUAACGGCACCCAAGGUAUCCCAGGAGAACCUGGUUCAGCAAAUCUUACUGCGUGUGUGUAUCAAGUGGCCAAAAGUGCGGGCGCUACUGCUGGAAAUAGCGCUAAAACUGAGGUCGAAAUUCGUGAGCCUAGGGACCAGCGCAUAGUCGGAGCCACGUGUUCAACAAAUGAUGCUGAAGUAAGCAUUCUUAGUUCAGAGGUGUCCCAAGUUACAAAUGUGAGGAGCUACAAAUGCAUGUGUAGCGGUAGCUCAGGGCUACUACCGUCGGCCAAUACACCCAUGCACUGCUAUAUACACUAUUGGAUCUGUCCUUUGAUAUCUUGAAUACAUUCAAUUGCAAAAUGUUUGUCGGGUAGAACCAAGAGACCAAGAAGGUUUCUUGGGAGACAUUUUUUAGAACCUGAGACCGAAAGGGUAGAUGGGAAGUAAUUAAUUAGAUGACGUCAGUGAUA